AUGUCAGCAGCCGCCGAGGUUGAAGUUGGCGAUUAUGAGAACGAAUCGGAUUACGGCGAUGAGCUUUCAGUGAUGAGCUCCUCCAUAGACAGUUAUAUGCUUAGGUACGAGCAGAAACACGGGCGAACCUACCACAGCUACCGCCAAGGGUCAUAUAACUACCCAAACGACGAGCGAGAGCAAGAUCGCCUCGACCUGGUUCACCACGCUUUCAAACUCGGGCUUCAGGAUAAGCUUUUUCUUGCACCCAUAAACCCGAACAGCUCUGAUCUUAGGGUCCUCGAUAUUGGUACCGGCACCGGCCUAUGGGCCAUUGAAUUUGCAGAUGAGUACCCUCAGGCAACUGUCGUCGGCGUUGAUCUCAGCGCUAUCCAGCCUACAUGGGUGUCACCCAAUGUGAGUUUCUACGUUGACGAUGUUGAAGAAGACUGGGAAGAGCCUACGAAUUACGACUACAUCCACUGUCGCUACAUGGCCGGUGCCAUCGCGGACUGGCCAGCGCUCGUACGCCGAAUUUACAAGCACCUAAAUCCCGGUGGGUGGGUGGAGUUUCAGGAAACUGUCAACACGCUUUACUCAGAUGACGGAACUCUGGAGUCAGACAAUGCUCUAGUGAGGUUGAUGGAAAACCUCAAAAAAGUCCACGAAAAGAUCGGCCGCACGCUCGAUCCCGCCCCUGAGUUUAAGAACUGGGCAUUGCGGGCCGGCUUCUACAACACUAACGAGCAAAGGUUCAAGUUUCCUGUAGGCCCGUGGCCUCGGGACAAGAGGUUGCGAGAGAUCGGGGCUUUCUUGGGCGUAAACUUCAUUGAGGGCGUUGAUGCCUUCACAGCGAAGCCUUUCAGAGAUCAUUUAGGAUGGUCAGAGAAUCAGGUGGAGGUUCUGAACAUGGAGGUUCGGAAGGAUGCCAAACGCAGGGAUUUUCAUGCCAUGUUCGAUCUUGUUGUUAUGACAGCGCAGAAGCCAGGACUUUAG